AUGCAGCAACACCACCCGCAGGGCUGCAUUGUGCCGGUGGAGAGCCAAGCAGACGUCAGCGAGUGCGCACAUCUGAACAAGGGCGAGGUCAAACAGGAGUUGGGCUACGCUACACGGCGGCAUGAGCCACAGUCGCUGUACGGCGAGGUGAAUGACGUGUCAUCGUCUGAGUGCAGUGAGGCAGACGCUGCAGGUCAGCCGCAGCCCGCGUACGCAGGCUGCGGAGGCGAUGCCGAAGAGUCUCACGAUCUGGAACGAAAAGGAGGUGACGCGCCGUACGUCGAUCCUGAUCGUCUGUCGAUGCUGUGGACGAUGGACGAGGAGACGGUGCUGAUGCACUCCAGCCAGGUGUCACUCCAGCGGAUUCGCACGCGACUAGAGAUGCUGCUUCUCGGCGUCUCGGAAGCGAUCUGCCUACGCAAGGCGUGCGACGCCUUGCAGCAUCGUGCAAGUAGCCGUCCCGUAAUGGACUACCAGGAGAAGGUGCUUGCAGCCGACCAUGCUCUCCGGCGCAUCAUUGGCGAGGCGUUCGUCAGCUUCGCUGAACGGGAUGCGGUGCAGAUGGUGCAUCUUUGCUCGCUGGCCGACAAGGGAGUCACCGACUGUGACGAGCUGGUGCGCAAUGCCGUGGUGGUGCUCCAAGCUCUGCUGCACGACGGCGAGGCCGUCCAGGGCUUGGAGCCGUUCCGCCAGUUCGUCUCGACCCACCGCGCGGAGAUUCGCAGUCAGCAGUGGCAGCACGACUUCAUCACCGCGCUGCGGUCACUGGCAGUCGGCUUCCUGCGCCACCCCGAGGCCGUCAUGGCGGCCUACGGCCACUCUGUGAAUCAGAUUGUGCAGCGUGAGGCUUUCUACGUGGCACUGCUGCGUUUUUGCGGCGGAAGGCCCGUCGGUUACACCUCGGCGCCAGCUAACGCUGCUGAUAAAGCUAAGCUGGCGGUGGCGAAGACACAGUCGCCACACGCCGUAGCUACCAGCAGACUUCGCGCUUCACGCGUGAGCACACCUCUGCAGCGGAAGCGCGAAACGAAGUCCAUCCACGCGACCAAGCACGAAGGUGGUGCAGCACGUAUGCAACGGCCCUCCGUCUCGCAUCAGGGCUCGGUGAUGCCACCCGACCUCCCGCAGUGUGUAUCACUGUGCGCGUCCUCCACGCCGUCGAGGCGCCGAAACUUCACCUCGAAAUGUCGACCCAACAGCACGACGCUCAGUCGCUCCUCCGUCGGCGCUGAUCAGAAGGCGAGCACGCUGGCACCGAGAAGGAAUGACCGAUAG